AUGGGCUGUGCAAGCAAUCGAAAAAAGCAGACUCGAGAGUUCCUCGACCAGAAAUGGGACUAUAUUAACCUGCAAGAUUUCAAGGCCAAGGGCUGUGGCCCGGGGUUUGCGUAUGGUUAUUUGUGGUUUAUGCUGAUAAUCUCGAUCGCUGUCUACGCCGUCGACAGUUUCACUGCAGUGAAUUUACUCGCCUUCGACCAAUGGUCCUCCAAAAUCGAGCCCGCUAUUCCAUUCAAAGUCUCCAAGUGGAUCUUCUCCAUUUGCAUCCUACUCUCGUUUGUCAAUCUUGCUUUCGAAGGUGUGCGAGCCUUUCGUGUGAUGAGGCGUGGUAAUGUGGCCGAAUGUUUCCUCGACAGCUUAGCAGUUCGCUGGGAGUCGAUCCGUUUCGGAUCUGGUCAGGGUUGGAGGCGAUUCUUGGUCUUUGCGGAGCUCACCAAGAGUAAAAAAGGAUCCGAAUACGUGGCCCUGUUCACUUACUUCAGCUUCAAGUCAUGGAUUCGCGUCAUCUUUUGCUCUGGCCCACGUCAGGUUGUAAACGCUCUGACGUUGAGAUCAGUAUACGUAGCCAAGCUGGCACCAACCGCCACGAGCGUUGAUGGAGCGAUCCUGGGUUUCUUCGAUAAGGUCAAGGUGCUGGCUUCGGAGGAUUAUCAGCAGGCAGUCAUCUUAUCAGGCAUGUGUUUCACCUUUGUCGUUUGGGUUUUCUCGGCCUUAUUCCUGUUGAUGGCGGUGUUUUUCUACGUUUUUUUCCUGUUCCAUUGGAUCCCUCGUGCCGACGGUGGUUUGAGUGGGUACUGCGAGAGAAAAGUCAACAAGAAGCUUUUGCGCAUCGUCACGACCAAAGUCAAUAAAGCUCUUGCCAAGGGGCAAGCGGACAGGUUCAAGGCGGAAUUGGAACUUGCCAAGAAGAAUGGCGAGAAGGUGCCGUAUCUGGAUCGAGCGGCUACACUGCCGACACUACCCAACGUUCAGCCUGGUACGGAUGACGGCCUUCCUCGAAUGCCUACCUUGGGGCAGGAUGAGAAGACGACCAUGGUGCAGAUGUAUGCGUCUAGCCUUGGCUCACCUGGGAGCAUCGAAUUAAGCUCCAUCGAUGGCAGACGACCGAUGCAACGAACUGGUACUUCUGGAUCAGGCUCGAGCUACUCAUCCCGGGCUCCUCUGGUAUCAUCUGCGGCAGACAUGGCAUAUGGUCCAUCACAAACACCGGCUACCGGCCUCCCAGACUUCGACUUGGUGAGCGGCAUGGGCCCGCCAGCUCGUCCCGGUACAUCCAACUCACAACGGAGCUUUUCUAACGGGCGACCUGGCUACGGGCAUGUGGCAAAUGGCUCAACUGGCACUCCUCUGAGAACCAUUUCUGCCAGCCCUGCCUUGACGGACCGCAGCUUGCCCGGGCACCCAGGUCUUAUGAGAACACAAACCAACGGUUCGAUGAGCAGCAGCUAUGGCGCACGACCGCCUACAAGCAGAGGUAACGCUGAUCCAAUGGGAUUUGAAACGUCAUCUCUCCCAUAUUCACAAUACAAUCCCUACGAUGGCUUUGGUGGCCGGGAGAUGCCAGCUCCAUCUUAUGGGAACAGCAGCGGCCUUUUCCCACCGGUCCGGAGCGUGACUGGGCCAGCAGGGCCAAUCAGGCCUCAACAAGAGGGAGCUCAGUAUUAUCCUCCGCAGAGAAACAUGACGUCGCCAAUGCCACUUAGAGGAUAUGCAGACGGCCAGGCCCAGGGCAUGCCACCAGGCUACCGCGUAGAAGCAUAUGGAUAUGAUGUCGAAUCACAACAGAAUCGUGGAUACUAUUAA